AUGAUUCCCAUUUCCGACUUCGAUCAACAUGCGAGGCGGCUUAUUGAUCCGGAUCAGACGCCGCUGCAGCGCCUGCAGCUGGCGACGGAGGUGCGCGACAGCAUCGAGAUCGCGCACACGGCGGAGUAUGGCAACUUCCUGCGCGCCUACUUCCAUGUCUUCGUCGCCGUCCUCCGCCAGCUCACCACGCCGCAGGUCUUUCGGUUGAGUUCACUUCACUCCUCCCCAACCCCUUUCUCCUUCUCCCCGCUCCCCCUCUCCCCCAAUCCCCCGUCCCCCCGGCUUUUCUCCCCCCCUAACCCGCACUCACAAGUUCUCGACUACACUUACAUUUCCCCGUCCCCAUGCUCCCCUCCCCCGCCACACGCGCAGCUUGCGGACAACCUCGAGCACAAGUUCCGCAACGUCGUUCUCGAGGUCCUCAACCGUCUGCCCCACAGCGAGGCCCUACAGCCCUACGUGCCGGAGCUCCUGCGCGCGGCCCUAACCGUCCUCGCCACGGACAACGAGGACAACGCAAUGGUAGCCCUGCGCAUCAUAUUCGACCUGCACAAGAACUUCCGCCCCAAGCUCGAGCACGACGUGCAGCCGUUCCUCGACUUCGUCUGCAAGAUCUACCAGUCCUUCCCCGCCACCGUCAGCUUCUUUUUCGAUGAGGGCGGCGGCGGGGAGCAGAUGCGCCGAGCAGCAGGGAUGGGGGACGGCGCGGCAGGGGGAGCUGCCGGCGCUGGCGCUGGGGCAGGGGGGCUAGGGGGAGGGCCGGGAGGGGUUGGCGGUGGUGGUGGUGCUGGGGUGGCGGUGCCAAGUCAGCUGAAUCCGUCCACUCGGUCGUUCCGAGUGGUGACGGAGUGUCCGCUGAUUGUGAUGUUUCUGUUCCAGGUGUACCCGCGGUACGCGGGGCACAGCAUCUCCGUGCUGCUGCCGCUCAUGAUGCAGUGCAUUGCCAUUGUGGGGCCGUCGCCGCACCACCACGUGCCGCCGCGCCUCAAAGCCGCGUAUGCUGACCUCAAGGCAGCUCAGAUCAAGACGGUGUCGUUUCUGACGUAUCUGCUGAGGGGCUAUGCGGACAUAAUCCGCCCGCACGAGGCAAACAUCGCCAAGAGCAUCGUCAACCUCCUCCUCACAUGCCCCGACGUCGUUGCCACUCGCAAGGAGUUGCUAGUGGCAACACGCCACGUGCUGGCCACGGACUUCAAGAGAGGCUUCUUCCCGCAGCUCGACACUCUGCUCGACGAGAGAGUCCUUGUGGGCACCGGCAGGGCGUGCUAUGACACGUUGCGGCCUCUGGCCUACUCUUUGCUAGCGGAGCUCAUUCACCAUCUCAGGGACGAGCUCUCCCUCGGCCAGGCAAGUCUCAUUGCUUUCUCUUCUCUUCACUGCAUGGCACCGCACUGCACUCCGUGUUUUGAGUCAACUUGA